AUGCCUCGUGGGUUCCUAGUCAAGAGGACACGCCGAGAAGGCCCCGUCUCCUACCGGAUCAGAACACUGCAGGACGACUCUCUGCCCGUGCCAAUCCCCAGUGGGGUGGUCCUACCCUCUGCCCAAAGGAAACUGCCCAGAGCAGGGGGGCUGCCGGAAUCCCGACCCCCAUCCCAGAGCCCCCUGCGCUUGGUAAGCACAGCUCUUCUGGCCAGUUGCCUUGACCGGGGCCUGAACUCUGGAUCGCCGGCACCAGGCGAAUCCGCUCCAGCAUGCGCCUCGCAGUCUCCCAGUUUGGGCUCAGCCUGUGCAGCGGCAAAGCAAGCAAAUCCCCCACCUAAGAGAGCUGGUGUGGGGCCGAGGGAGGGCACCCCAGAUGCGGUGGUCUUGCUGGGCGCCUUUGUCUGCCAGCUGUGCCAGGAGUCCUACCCCGGCCCGCUUGCCUUGGCCCAGCACUGCUGCUCCCGCAUCGCCCGAGUCGAGUACCGCUGCCAUGAAUGUAGCAAGACCUUCAGCUGCCCCGCCAACCUGGCUUCCCAUCGUCGCUGGCACAAGCCCCGAGGCGGCGGGCAUGUUGGGGGCACCAAGGAGAACGAGAGUCCCGAGGCAGCCGACGGUGCCAGCGUGCCGCACUCGGGCACCGUGGAGGGCAGCUACCGAUGCUCUCAUUGCCCUAAGCGGUUUCGGCGCCGGGCAUACCUCUGCAAGCAUUUGGCUCUGCACACUGUCACUGGGCCGGUGCUGUCCGAGAGCCAGCGACUCCAUGGCAAUCUCACUCCUCCGUGUGUUUCCUGGCCAAAGAAGCAGUUUUAG